GCCGGCCGGCCAGCCAGUCGUGCUCUGGCGGCAACGACUCUCGGCUGGCUCUUGAAGCUUCGCCGUUGCCGUUGCGCGUUUCGCGUCUCUUCUUUCAUCCCCCACCUGUCAGCCCCCUUGACUCGGAAGGUGCUCUCGCGAUGUUGGCAAACAGAAAACGCUCACGUUUCUCAAGACCAUUACCGCUGGGGCCAAUCCUUAACUUCCGAUUGUCACGUGUGCAACUUUCGUCGCGAGCCAAUUGAACGGCGAGUCGAGUGCGAGAGAAGCAACGAUCGCGUGCCACAUUUUCGACACUCUCGAUCGCUAAAGAAACGAGAGAUUAACAAAUACGUUUACGACAGCGUACCAAUUGGCAUUCGCGACGAAUCUCGGUCCGACGUCUUCGCCGUCAUGAUCGAAUUAUGAGGGCUCAUCUUUUCGCUUGGAAAAAAACGAGAGUUAGAGAUGCACGAUUACGUCCAGGCGACUGGCAGCAACUAAUACGAUGAUAACGAGGAAGGACGUUAAAUUAAUUAGAGCACGGAUGGGAUUAGGGUGACAUCUCACCCUGCGUUAUAAUGCUCUGUUCCGGAGAAAAAGCUUCAACUCGUCGAGCCAACUGUCCCAAGGUUUGAUAAGAAGAAAAUUUCAUGAAAAGCAACGAGCAUGAGGAAGACAAUGACGGAGACGAAGACGACGAGGCCGAUGAAUUCGAGGACACCGGAAAUGACGGAGAUGAAGAAGGAACGAGAGUUGAUUCAAAAUUUCAUCGAUUCCCUUCGGAAUAAGCCGCGAUCCGGAAGCUCGUACAGAUGAGAAGCGGCGAAUAAGAUCCGGAAUCGAACAUUACGAGCGGUCUCCAAGUUCGAUACUAGAAAAAAGUAACACGCACCUAGGAGGAAUAUAAAGUUGCUUAAAAAUUCGUAAAAAACUAGCCCGCAUCUGUAUUAUACGACAAACAAACCCGACGAGAUCAAGAGCACCAAAAACAUAAUAAAAAAUAGGUUGAAAACGCGCGACGAUGGAGAUGAAAAAUGUCUCUACGAGCGAACACCUCCCAGCAGGAUCGAGACUUGAGAAAUUGUUGAAAGUGUAUAUCUCCGUGGUGCACCGUAAUACGCGGAGGAACCGACCGAUCUCUCAAGCUCCGGAUAUAAAAGACGGCAUACGCGUGUGUAGUUGAGAAACGAUCUCGAUUCUCGAUGGAUAAUAGCCAAGGAUUCUGAAGUUGAACGAUUCCUCAACGUCAUCACCAGCCCAAGAAAAUCGAGCGCAAGAAGAGCAGAGAGAGAGGGAGAGGCGCGGGGCAGAGAAAGGGGUAAAAUCGUUUUCCUCAACUCUACUGAAGAAGGUAUACGCUUAUAUAUAUAUAUAUAUAUAUGUAAGCAGAUCGUAGACGAAAUAUACGAAGCUCUCUGGAGAAGACGUCCCACCGGGUUUGAGUCUUUCCACUCCUGUGUCUAUGGAGUAUAGAUGUAUAUAUGUAUAUCGAUAAAACGCUGGUCAAACUAUAAAGUGGUUGCGCAGUCUUGGGGGACUUUGGUCAGCAGGAAGAGCCGACAAGCCGCAUCGUCAUAGCGUCCGUGAAGAUGACUCGAGCUUCGUUUCUUAUGGUCCCGUUCCUCAAUCUGUUGCUGACGAUUCAAAUGACUUUUUACAAUUACGGUGGGAUCGGUAGCUCGAUCUUGGUCGGAUCGAGCAAAUCUCCGGUGGAACGGGAGGCGAUUUUGAUACCCGGAGACAUCGUUCUCGGCGGCUUGUUUCCCGUACACGAAAAAGGCGACUCUACCUGCGGCCCGAAAAUUUAUAAUCGUGGCGUUCAGAGACUCGAGGCCAUGCUCUUCGCGAUCGAUCGCAUCAACCACGAACAGACAUUGCUGCCCGGAAUCUCCCUCGGUGUUCACAUACUCGACACCUGCAGCCGCGACACUUACGCCCUUAAUCAAAGCCUCCAUUUCGUCAGAGCCUCCCUCUCCAAUCUUGACAUCAGCAUCCUCGAAUGCACCGAUCAGUCUCCACCCAGGAUCCGGAAAACUGCGAGCGCCGGACCCAUCUUCGGAGUCAUUGGAGGAUCCUACAGCUCGGUUUCCCUUCAGGUUGCCAAUCUCCUAAGACUCUUUCACAUACCGCAAAUAUCACCAGCCUCAACGGCCAAGGCGCUCAGCGACAAGACGAGAUUCGAUUACUUCGCGAGAACCGUGCCACCCGAUACUUUUCAAUCAAUCGCUCUAGUCGAUGUUGUUAAGAGUGCCAACUGGUCGUACGUGUCGACCGUAUACUCCGAGGGAUCCUACGGCGAGUACGGCAUCGAGGUUUUCACGAGAGAGGCCACGGACAGGAACGUGUGUAUAGCAGCAGCGGAAAAGGUCCCGAGUGCCGCGGACGACAAGGUGUUCGACAGCAUAAUUCAGAAGCUGUCAAAAAAGGCGAAUGCACGCGCGGUCGUGUUGUUCACGAGGGCGGAAGACGCGAGAAGAAUUUUGGAGGCUGCGAGGAGAUCGAAUCUGAGCCAGCCGUUCCAAUGGAUCGCGAGCGACGGCUGGGGCCGGCAAAACAAACUGGUUGAGGGCCUCGAGGACGAGGCCGAGGGAGCCAUCACCGUGGAAUUACAGUCGGAAAAUAUUCCCGGUUUUGAUGAUUACAUGACGUCACUCACGCCCGAAACUAAUCGGCGUAAUCCAUGGUUCGGCGAGUACUGGGAGGAAGUAUUUGGAUGUACAUUACGCACGAAUGUACCUCUCGUUACCAACAAAUCCCUGACUGUGUGCUCGCCCAAACUACGCCUAAGCCCUGCCACCGGUUACGAACAGGAAUCAAAGGUCCAGUUCGUCGUUGAUGCCGUAUACGCUUUCGCCCUCGCCCUUCAUAAUCUCCAGAGGGAUUUGUGCGGAAAGGCUCAAUCUCUCUGUACCGCUAUGAUUAAUUACGACAAGGGCACAUUCUACAAGAAAUAUCUCCUCAACGUCUCUUUCACCGAUCUCGCUGGAAGCGAAGUCAAAUUCGAUCAACACGGCGACGGAUUAGCGCGGUAUGAAAUCCUCAAUUUCCAGAAGGCCAAUCAAAGCGGAACAAACGGAUAUUACUAUCGGGUGGUUGGAAAAUGGUACAACCGUUUGGACCUGAGCACGGAGGAGCUCAUCUGGGCGAAGGGGACGGAGGAGAUACCGAUUUCAGCGUGCUCGUUGCCAUGCGAGCCUGGAAUGAUCCGGAAGCAACAGGGUGACACCUGUUGCUGGGUUUGCGAUCGUUGCGAGGAAUACGAGUACGUUUACGACGAGAAAACGUGUAAGGACUGUCAGCCGGGAUAUUGGCCGCACGAGGAUAAGCGCGGUUGUUACGCGUUGCCGAUAAAGCAUAUUAAAUGGACGAGUGGAUUCGCGAUCGCACCGGCGGCGAUCUCGUGUUUGGGGAUUGUCGUGACGUUGGUAGUUGCGGGACUGAUGUUCAAGCAUCGUGAUACCCCGGUCGUUCGUGCCUCCGGACGUGAAUUGACGAUAAUAUUAUUAGCCGGAGUUCUCUUCUGUUAUUUGAACACUUUUCUCUUGCUGGCUACGCCGACGACGAUCACCUGUGUUCUCCAGCGGUUCGGCGUCGGGGUAAGUUUCAGCGCGGUCUACGGCGCCCUUUUGACCAAGACGAAUAGAAUCGCCCGGAUCUUCGAUUCCGCAUCGAGGUCGGCGGUCCGACCGCGUUACAUAAGCCCGACCUCGCAAGUUUGCAUCGCAGCCGCCCUCAUCGCCUUCCAAGUGGUCCUCACCCUGGUCUGGAUGAUCGUCGAGCCCCCUGGAACGAGGCACUUUUAUCCGGACCGACGACAAGUAAUCCUCAAGUGCAACAUCCAAGACAUGAGUUUUCUAUUCUCUCAACUCUACAACGCCUUCCUCAUCGCCGUCUCGACCAUCUACGCGGUUAAAACUCGCAAAAUACCCGAAAACUUUAACGAGAGCAAGUUCAUCGGCUUCACCAUGUAUACCACCUGCAUCAUCUGGCUCGCUUUCGUACCCAUCUACUUCGGCACCGGCAACGCCCACGAAACCCAAAUCACCACCCUCUGCGUCGCCAUCAGCUUAAGUGCUUCCGUUACUCUCGUUUGUUUAUACUCACCCAAAGUCUAUAUUAUAGUCUUCCAGCCCGAUAAAAAUAUACGAGGCAAGGUCACCAUGGGUGGCAGCACCUUUAAGAAACCUGGCAGCAGCGUCGGCACCUCCUCCGUCACCAGAUACACUGGAUGCGAAACGGGAAGUGAACACGUGCCCCUUCGAAGUGCCCUUUGCGCGGUGGUGCAAACGUCCGUCGGCGUUACGGAGAUUUCUUUAGCUUCGAACGCUUCGAAUCAGACGAAUAACGAGCAAGUUGCCCAGCUCUAAACUUCGCUGAACUUAGCGUGAUUAAAUUUGUACGAUGUCGGUGUCUGCGUAAGCUCGCGUAUGUGUGUGUCUGCGUGCGAAUGUUGGCGUAUCUGUUCGAGAGGAAAAAAGGUGAGAGCUGGAGCAAUACAAGCUCGGAGGAAAGGCCAAAGAGGAGGAAUCUCGUCGUUCAAGUUCCUGAAAAAGAAACGAGCGCUCAAGGACGUCGAGGGAGGGAGGGAGGGAGAAUUGGCCGGCGAAUAACUUCGUGAAAAAUGCAUCAAAUCGAUUAUCCGAACUCGCGAUCGAGCUCGCUACGGACGCGAAAAUUUAAACAGCCGAGAUUAAAGGAAGAGAGAGAGAGAGAGAGAAGCGAAGGGAAAACUGUAAAUGUGUUUGCUAACAUUCAUCAAUCUUCGUCGUUUCGAAUCCCGCAAGAUUGUGCGCCAUGUUGAACGUCGCGGGGAGUGGAAGUCGCCUUGAUUGAGUGCGACAAAUCCGAUUUGUAUACCACGACAUACGCCGCGCUCGUCCGUUUUUCAGUUUCUUCUUUCCGAAUCAUCGACUUGCCGAGAAAAAAUAUCAAUCGAUCAAGACGAUUAUAAUCUCUCCAGCAUUUUACAAGAACCGCCUCAAUUUCCGUCUCCCUUUGCAUCCCUCUUUCUCGUAAUUUCUCAUCAUCAAAGAGGAAACCUCAAACUGGCUCACCCCGAUAGACAAAUAUAUAUAUAUUAAUAUUAGAGAUUAUUUAUGACAAAUGGAUGAGAGUAAACGAGUUAAUGAUGUUGAUUAGUUCGAUAUACGAGAGAAAAUAUUUAGAUCGACGAACAUGAGGGCCUGUCGAUAUACUUCGCCCUCGAUAAAUAAACAUCAUCGUCUAGCAAUAAGUUACAUAAUAAAUAUAUAUAGAGAGAGAAACCAAAGUCGUUUCUGCACGGUUGGGUCCAAAACGAGUGGAGCAAAAUCACCUUUUUCGGAGGUCUCUUAAAAUUUGGAGGAUUUCCAAAUGAACUCUUCAAAUUCGUGGCUAAUAUUGUCAGCUUCUGAAUGAGAAUGGGAUUGGUGCUGGCUGAUCGAGGAAAGUUGGCCCUUAGAAAAGCCUCAUCGUGUUUCACUUGUUUUGGUCGCGACUCGUUCACGUGUAUAUUGAAAAAAUGUGUCACGGCAACUGUCUGUAUCGGCCUCAUCGUUCGCACAUUAUUCGAAUAAGGUACAACAAGGUGGAAGAUAAAAAGGAGGAGAAUUGUAUAUCGAUCACCCGUCAUUAUUGUCGUUGCCUAAUAUUGUUACCGCUCGAACGUGUGAAUGUAUUUUUUCGUGGACAACAUUUAUUCAUAGAGAGAAAAAGAAGCUCGCGCGACCUAAAAACAUGUUUUACUCGCUUGCUUUAUUGCCGAGUCAUUUAUUUCAAUUCCCAACCCCACGCGUGGCAGGGGUUGUUGUGCUUACGAGCGAUAAGCGACGCGGAGCGAAACGUCGAAGGGUGACGGUGGAAUCGAAGAUAAUUCACCCUCGAGAGCCUAAACGCAUCUUCGCUGUUCGCAUCGUGCGCCUCUUCUUCGGUCAUUAAUCCGUUUUUUAAUCACUCCUAAGACGGACUAAAUGCAGUCAACGAUCGAUACACAUAUUUACAAAGUAUAACGAGCGCCAAAUGCGGAAAACGGAAUCGUACAGGCGUGCAUAUAUUUUUUCAAAAUUCAUCAUCUGUCCCGGGACAAUCGCACUCGUUUGUAAAACGGCGCUAUCCACCAAGCUCUGUCGAAGCCUGUCGCGCAACGCCAUCCACUCAUCGCCGGGUUUCACCCCAGAGCGAUUCUCGUUUUCCAAAUUUUUCAAAUUUCACAACCGAAAACUUGAAUUAUUUGACGAUAAACUACGGAAUAACGAGACAGUAAAAACUCGACAUUCGAUACCCGCUUUCGGUGCUUCGUUCAUUCGUUUUUCUCCUGCCUACAAGCCCAUUGGUCGCGACGAUAUAUUACUAGUAAUUAAGUUUAACGAGCGCAAUAUCGAUAUCACUGUUGUGAUUUUAAUAUUAAUUCAAUAUCAUUAAGCAGAGAGAUGGUUGUUGUUAUAUACUCGAACGUUGAAUUCCAUUGAAAGUUCUAUUCGAGGCACUGGAAGAAUCGCAGGAAAUAUAAGAAAUUCGAAAAAACGA